AUGGGGAUGCAUUUAGAGAAAGGUGUCCGUGAGGGCAGAUUGUCUAUAGAGGAAGCGUCAACCGGUAAGAAGUACGAGGGUGGUUUCUCAAAGAGGAAGGAUGGAGAAACUAAUCUAGUGACUGUGGAGAGGCGAAGGAAGCCUUAUGUGAAGAAGAGUUCUAGAUCUCAACAUCAUCAAAUGUCUUCUGUUAUUCCAAAUCUAGUUCAGCCAAAAAUUCCUCCGCAGAUGCUUGAACCUAUGUCGUGGUGGUAUAAGCCUGAUCAGCAUUGUGCCUAUCAUCAAGGGGCACUAGGCCAUGAUAUUGAGAACUGUUAUCCGUUGAAAUAUGAGGUUCAGAGGUUGGUAAGAAGUGGGAUAGUGUCCUUUGAGGACCGUGCGCCAAAUGUUAAAGCCAAUUUGUUACCCGCCCAUGGUAACUCCAAUGUAAAUAUGGUGGAUGGUUGUCCCGGUGAGUACAAAGUUUAUGACGUCCGAUAUAUCCGAAGAUCUUUGGUAGAGGUUCACAAGACUUUAUGUCAGAUUAGUGAAUGUGAGCAUGAUCAUAAAGGUUGUAUCAUUUGUAGUGUCAAUUCACAUGGUUGCGUGAUUGUGAAGGGGGAUAUUCAAAGGUUAAUGGAUGAAGUCCCGUAUGAAUCUGAUAAAGUUAUCCCUUACAAGUAUGAUGCUACUAUGAUCAAACAUGGGCAAGAGGUUCCUCUUCCAGCAACUACUUCAGUAGUAAGAAUUGUUGAUGUUGUCAAGUCUAGUGAGUCCAAUGGUUUGAAGAGUAAGGAUGAUAAUGAUGAAGUACUCCAUCUGAUAAAGAAGAGUGAGUUUAACUUCAUGGAGCAGCUACUCCAGACGCCCUCCAAGAUUUUUGUUUUAUCUCUAUUAAUGAAUUCUGAAGCACACCGUGAGGAUUUGCAAAAAGUACUUGAGCAAGCCUAUGUUGAACAUGAUGUUACGGUUGAUCAGUUUGAUCACAUCGUUGCUAACAUUACUUCGUGCAACAAUAUGAGUUUUUUUGAUGAGGAGCUUCCAGAAGAAGGUAGGAAUCAUAAUCUGACUCUCUACAUAUCUAUGAACUGUAAGGAGGACGCCUUAUCCAACGUCUUGGUAGACACUAGUUCAUCUUUGAACGUUCUACCCAAGUCUACCUUGGCUAAGCUAUCUUAUAAAGGAGCACCUAUGAAAUAUAGUGGUGUGAUUGUGAAGGCGUUUGACGGUACUGUCACGUCAACUCUACACCAAAAGCUCAAAUUUGUCAAGAAUGAGAAGCUUGUUAUUAUUGGAGGUGAUAAGGAAAUGUUGGUGAGCCACUUAUCAUAUUUCAUGUAUGCUAAAGUCGAGGAAGUUGUUGGAACUCCGUUCCAAGCUUUGUUUGUGGCUAAUAUGAUUCAGAAGACUGGGGCAUCCAUGUUUUCUUUGAAAUAUGUGCAAGAGAUUGUUCAGGCUGGUGACACAUAUAAUUAG